ACCUCACUCAUAUACUCAUCCGACUCUUCGUGUUAGCUAAGCUAGCCAUGGGUUCCAAGCGAGAAAGCGGUGUCUUCUGGUGUCUACUUCUCGCAGGUCUCCUCCUCCUGGCCGCGGCCUCGGCGGCGGAGGCCCGGUGGGAGCGGGACACGAAGAAGGAGGAUAUCCAAUGGUGCAAGAAGGACUGCGCUUGGAAGUUUGGGCAGGACUCACGGAAGGUGAAGGACUGCAAGGAGCACUGCGAACAUCGCCACAGCCCCGGAGGCCGGCUGCCGGAAGACAUCGAAGGCGACGAACCCAACUCCAAUGGCCACGGACAAGGAGAAGGAGAAGGAGAAGGGGAACGCUGCCGGCAACAGUGCGAGCGGUACCCACGCGGGUCGUACGGCCGGGAGCAGUGCAUCAAGGAGUGCGAGAGUACUAAGCAGGCGGACGGCGAGGGGAUGACGAACCAUCACGAAGCCGGCUGCAAGGAGGAAUGCAAGCGGCGGUACGGCCACGGGUACGAGAGGCAGCAGUGCGUGCGGGACUGCGAGAGCACCCCUCAUCACGGUGGCGGUGGCGGCGCCGGUGGACGCGGCCGGGAGGGCGACGAGCGCCAGCCGGAGCACGGAUGGGAGAUGAGGGUGGCCGGAGCCGUCCUCCAGGCGGUGUAACUGAAGAAGUAGCUCUAGCUCUUCAGGGAGGAUCCUCGAUCGACCUACCUGCUGCUGGUGCAUUUUGCGUACGUACGUACGUGACAUGCAGGGUGUGUAACUUGCGUACGUAUGCGUGCACGUGUGUGUGGAAUAGGAAUAAAUUGCGGUACUUUGCAGCGGCUCUGCAGCCGUGACA